UCUACACCCCUCACCGCCCCGAGACAGAGACAGGCACAGGCACAAAGGAAUCGACCCAGCACUCACACACACACUCACAGACACGCAUAGGAUAUGGCCGAGGAUACAGUGAUGAAUAUCACUGCCGAGAAGAAGGUUUCGAGGAAGCGGAAGCUGGAGGACGACGAUGUCGUUGAGGAGGAGCCGAAGAAGGUGAAGAGGAGUAAGAAGGAGAAGAAGGAAAAGAAGGAAAAGAAGGAAAAGAAGGAAAAGAAGGAAAAGAAGGAAAAGAAGGAGAAGAGGAAGAACGAAGAUACCCAAGAGCAGGACCAGGACCAGCGCCAGGACGCAGACGAAAAGACCGUGAAGAAGGCCAAGAAGGAGAAGAGAGAUAAAACCGACAAGAAGGAAAAGAAAGAAAAGAAGGACAAGAAAAGCAAGAAGAGCAAAUCCUCCACCAGCACCGAUCCUUCCGCCACCAGCACCACCGCCAUCACCGCCGGCGAUCCCACCACAUCCACCACUCCCACUCCCACCAUCCUCGCCACCCCUGAGCCCACUUCCACCAACCUUCCCACCCCCCUCCCAUCACCGACCAAAUCCCUCCUCAAAAAGAAACUCGCCGCGGCCGCAUCCCCGAUGCCCACUCCGCCCACAUCAUCGCGCCGGAAAUCCGUAACCUUCGCGCCCGACGUCAAGGCCACCGACGGCGACAGCAUAAAGCAGCUAUACCUUGCGCUGGACCCGUUCGGCAAGAACCGCACGCGGGGCGGGAUUACGCCCGCGAAGGCGACUCUUACCGCCGCUACUGCUACUGCUACUGCCACUCCCGCACCCGCACCUAUCGCCGAGGAGCCGGCGGCGGAGGCGGCCGAGGCGGAGAAAGAGAAAGAGAACAUCGCGCCCGCGCCCUCUCCCGCCGCCGCCGCCGCCGCCACCACCACUACUCCCACUAGCACACCCCCCACCGCCCCCGCCUCGGCCCCCAGCGCGAAAUCUAAAUCCAAACCCAAACACGGCGGCUCGAACAGCAACGGCUCCAUCUUGCCUUAUUUACACUACCUCAGCAACUUCCACCUGCACCGAUCACUCUGGAAGUUCGAGAAGUCAAAGCAGAACUGGGUGCUCCGGAACGCCCUGGACGUUGCCAUGAUCCCCGCCAGCAGCGAUGCCGCGCUCGCCGCGUAUGUAGCCGGCCUCCAGGGCGUGGGUGCGAGGGAUAGACUGCUGGUUGAGGUUAAGAAGAUACUUAAUGAAGCUGGGGUGGGCGAGGCGGCGAAGAGGGAGGGCGUGGUUAGGGCGAAAUUGGUGGCGAAGGCGCUGGGAAGGAGGGAUUUGGCGGGCGAUGAGAGUGAUGAUGAGGCGGAGGUGGAGAAAGUGGAGGCGGAGGUGCCGGCGAAGGCGAACGUUGUGGAGAGCAGUGAGGACAGCAGCAGCAGUGAGGAUAGUGACUCGGAUAGCGAUUGAGUCUGGAUUGGCGAAGGAGGGAAGGCUAGUUAGGAUCGGAGUUUCGUUCUGUACAGUGUUGAUGAUUCCACAUAUUGGAAUUGGGGCUGUGAAUAUUGCUCGCACUUUAAUCUGCGUCAUGUGUUUACCCAGCUAGUUGUGGUC